UUCAUGUGUGGAUCUUGAGAUCUCUGGCUUUGGGCCACACUGAGCUGUAGUCAGGUCACUGUGUAGGGAAGAUGAGGAAAGUGAGUCUAACACAACAGAACAGCUGAAUGCACCGGAUCUGUACUAUGGCCUCAUCCAAAACGCUUACGUUGUACUGACUAAUGAACCUGAAGUUAAGUAUUUUUAUAGUCAUAGUUAUAUAUUUAUAGUUUUGCUUUUAUCACCGAGGCCACAGCACAUAAUUUGGUUCCUUUUCAUGUACAGAAUGUUCUGGAAUGACAAAUAAACCUUCCUUGAUCUGUGAAGUGAAACGGAUUCAAUCUGUUUUAAAAAAAAAAACAAAAAAAAAAAACAUUAAGGUGUUCUGGUAAAUUGUGAAGCAGAGAAUUAGACGCUAACUGGCUGGUCUACAGCUCACUGAAGAAUUAAGUAUCAAAUGAACGCAACGUUAUUUUGUGUUUUAAUGGUAUGUAAAUGCAGGGAGAAUAAAAACCUAUUUGGCAUCUCGGUGUCAGUGGUAAUAAACGAGCAGGACUUUGUUCUCUCGUUUUUGCACGGUGUGUGUAUCUCGUGAUGCACCACAAGUCUCUGCUGUGCAUCUCUCUGAAUGGACCUGACAACUCGUCCUUAAUGAAGGUGUAGUUUUGUGUGUGCGAUAGAGAUGGAGACAAACCUGCGGAAGACCCAGUCUCUGAGAUGUGUUGCCACCGAUCACGCUCUGCCCUGGACGGAGGCGGGACUAAGAGACAAGAAGAAGUCUGUCUGGCAGCUUGUGGCACAAUAUCAGAAUGCAGUCGCUGGGAAAACAAAAGCAGCCGAUUCAGCGGAAAACAAGCAAAAGACCCUCCAGUUUGCUGCGAUCCCCAUCACAGUGAUUAAUACUAAAGAAAAAUCAAACGCUUGGGCUGAUCGUAGCACCAGCACUCAGCUCACACGCAGCAAGUCGAUGGAUUAUCUUCCUCGACAAAGAACCAUAAGCACAAGCGCUCUCAGAGAAAUCUUUGAGUCAAAGGUUGCCAUGAAGCCCAAGAGUGUUAACAAACCGAAGAACACAGACAAGCCACAAAGCACCUCAGGUAAGGAGAACGUUGGGCUCAAUCAUAACAACACAGAAGAUCUGCUAGUGUUAAUAGAAGCAGACAGCAUUAACAACAACGACGAAGACGGGGAGAAAUCGGCUAAACCAACAAAAGAGAAAGAAAACAACGUGACCCCGAAGAUGGCGAAAGCUCCCCGAGUGGAAAGAAGAAAAACCCUCACAGGAGUGAAUAGUGAAAGAAUUGUUACCCAGUCAGAAGAUAAGCGGAAAUCAGUCGCAGACUUCAGAGACAGUUCCGCUCUGUAUGGACGGGAGAAGUCACCUAUUUCUGUCAAAGCCAUCUCUGAACUAUAUCUGUCUAAAGUGGCAGCUGCUGAGUCGACGGGGAACCUUUUAAAACCAAAAAAAGAUUGUACAUCUCCAACCAGACCUAAAGUUUUUAAGAUGGCAGAUGUGACCCCAAAAGACUUUGAGCAAGCCCCAUACUCAGAAGAUGAGUCAGCACAUCCAGAUCCAUCCUUUCCCAUGCCGCGACUCAAUUCCAGGGCUGACAGACAGUCACCUAUUCCAACACCCCCUUCAAAAGAGGUUAUCUCUACACUGUAUGAACAACGACAGAAAUGCGAGCUGAGACGACUCUUGAAGCACACCUGCCCAGAGAUGAAGGGCCUGGGAAACAUGGUGGAGGAAGAGUUUGCUGAUAUACUAAACUCUGGCAAUGCCACAGAUAUCGCAUUCCAGGGUGAGGUCCAGUCAAGGCGUCGGAUAUUUGAGAACGGUACUGUCAACACCGAAGACUUCCAAAAGCAAACACAUUUGAUGGAGAAGAGCAUUCAAGGAGAACAUGCAUUUGAAGAGCUCUUAAAAUGCUUCAAGGAAGAAGGUUCCAUAGAUGGCAACAAACAGCAAACAAUUCACCCAGAGAUUGAUGAGACCCCACAAAAAGUUGAGGAAUCACUUAGUGAAGAUGAGAACUUUAGGGUAAAUGUUAAGGCCAAAAGGAAAAUGUUUGAAGGUCAGUUCAUUGAAACUUCAGGAGAGGACCUAGAGGAUGUCUAUCCAGGGAGGAUCGUUAUCUCUGAAGAUGAAAAGGGAGCCGUACAAAAGCAAAAGAGAGACUUUGAAACAUACCAACCUGGCACGAUCAAAAGAAACAGCGACCUUAGCGUUAUAGAUAUUAAAGACAUAGACCAAGAUUCUGGUGAAGUAUAUAUAGGUAUAUCUAGAGCCAAAGAGGUUUUUGAAAAGGGGUUUGACUAUGAGAACAGCCAGCAAUCAAAUGAAAACAUAUGUAUAGAGGAUGAAACUCUUAAAACAAAUGUAAAAAACAGAACCCAUAUGUUUGAAUCGACACCUCUGGACCGAAUCAAUUUUCAAAAUGAUGCAGAAUUGGAUUCUGUGGACAAGAACAUGAAGAAUUCCUUAAAUUCUCUUUACUGCUUUAACGUCAUUCAUUCUCAUGGAGUCCUUCUUGAAACCAGUGAGGCUGGCCACGUGAGAAAGGCGAAUUACAGAAAUGUCCAGGAAAAGGGUCCAGAAAUUCAACACGAGGAAGUGCUUAUGGGAAGUAUGAAGAGUAUUCUUCUUCAGCUUUUGGCAAGAGUGAAUCUUAACCCAGUUAUAGCCUUCUUAAAAGAGGAUGAUCAACGAAAUGCGUUAAUCAAAAACGUAAACAUACCAACUCACCAACUACCGUUCACUGUUAACCAAGACAAAGAAUACAGAACCACGAACAUGGUUCAGGCCAUCGAAGACCUACUUGGUCAAGAAACGUGUCUCGGAAAAGGAGUUUUAAUACAAGAACGUGCGACGGGUUCUGUGGAGACCUUGGUUUAUGUUCUUUUUAGACAUGAAGGAAAUCUGAUGGCUCAAAAUUCUGAAAAUAUAUUGGAGCCAAAAGAAAUAAAUCUUCUGAGAAGUAGAACCUGUGAAUCUCCCCACAAUAUGUGCAGCCCACCACCUUUUACUGAGGGAAAUGUCUCGAUUUCUGUCAGUCAUGGAAACAGGAUGAGCAACGUCAAACAGCGUUGCAUCGAAAAUGGAGAUCUGGGACACUUGAAAAGUCUGCAGAAAUUUUCAUCGGAUGAAGAUGUAAGUGCCACAUCUAGGCAAGGGGAGCAAAAUGCUGUGAUUGCACCAGGUAACGUUGAGAAAUUCAAAACAAUGUUUGUCUCAAAUCCAGAGCUUGACGGUUCAUCAAUGCAGUCUGAGAUACAUGACCAAAACAAAUUAAAAAAUAAUAUAGAAAUGACAGCAAAUGGAGGAUAUACUAUAUCAGCUAAUGGAGAAUUUGAAAAUUGUACCGUCAACAGUGUAGAAGAACCUGGCUGUAGGUUAUAUAGCCAAGAUGGAAAAGACAUGUGCAGUAAAAAAACAGAUAAGACUAUCUUCAGUCCAGAGGUACAGGCAGUUGACAUGGUAGAAGAUGAAGCAUUGCCAAACCUUCAAGCAGCUAUCAUGAGCCUACAGCAGGCCACACUAGAGGCAAAAGCUCUUCAAAAAAGUAUUUUUGAGAAACAGCAUGAUGCCUGUCUAGCACCUUCAGAAAACCAAAACCUCACAGGAGCCAUGGAUGAAGAGAGCAGAGAGUCCUCACAGAAUUUUGAAGAUGAACAAGAAGAUGAAGGAAGAGAAGAGACCCUGAAAGGUAGUGUCCAAGCAGCACUGGAUUCUCUGAAAAAAUCUAGCUUUAAUGUCACCAAAGGGGAUUUUAAAGCUGCAAUGAUUUACAGGAACUCAGGAAAAACUCAUGCUGGACAAAAAACAAUAAAAAUGGAGACUGCUGAUAAACAGAGUGAUGAUCAUAUUGUCAACGCAGAAGGCAUAAAAGCAUGCCGACCCGACCCUCUGCCCGGACAGGUGACUGUCAAAGCACAGCAUGAGGCUGCUGAAAUUAGACUAUUUCAAGGCCAGACUGCAAAUAAACCAUCAGAAUGUUCUCCGCUGACAAACCAAACAAACGAACAGGCCUCUCUUCAGAAAAGUAAAAAGUCUCCUGGACCUAAGCCAGCCAUUCCCCCCAAACCAGACCAUUUAAAGACAAACUAUAGCUCCAAAACAAUGGCCAUUAAGACUGCAACCAAUGCAGGAGAUCUAAAUAAACCCAAAGCUGAAGAAAAUUCUGUGGAACAACAAUGUACAAAACUCACACAUAUAGAACCAACACAAGAAGAUGACUUCUUGAAAGAACCACAGAAUAAUGGAGAUACUGAUAUACCUAGUAGUUUGACAGUCGCCGAAAUUCAGUCGAGCCAGGAUUGUAUAAUAAUGGGCAAUCCUGUGGGAAAUGUAGACACAUCGGAGAAGAGAGAGAGCUCUGAAAUGUUGGAAAUAAGUGAAGGUACUUUAGGGUUUCAGGCUUCCCUGCAGAACUUUGGGAUAAAGACAGGCCAAGCAAUGCCACCAGUGAAACCUAAAAGAAUCAAAAUGACCACAGACAGGACUGUUGUGAAUCCUGCUCUUUUGGAGCCUAACUGCAAACCAAGCAUCAGCGAACACGAGGAACACCCAACGUGCAACGUGACGAUGAGGGAAAAGAAAGGUAGAAGAGAGAGUGAAGAAGAACGAAGGCAGAGGCUAUCAGUGCACAUGGAUGAAAUCAUGAAGGGAAAUGCAAAUGCAGCCAUGGAAAUUUUUGACAAACUGAGAAAGCAAGAAGAGCUGAAAACUAUCCUUUCUAAAGUUGAGGAGAUUGAAGGAGAGUCCCGUCAGGAAGAUGGUGACCUUAGAAAGAUAUUUGAAAAUGUACCAGAUUGGGUUGUGCCACAAAAACCUAUACAUCCCAAAAACAAGGUGAUGGAAAAGGUAGUAGGGAGAUCUGAAACAGUCUGUGAAUAUGAAAUGUUGUCCUCCAUGCAGGUAGCAUUUGGAGACCUUGAAAAAGCAAGUGCUGCAAUCAUUACUUUAAAAGAGCAAACAUUAUCAAGACUUAUGGAAAUUGAGGAAACCAUAAAGAAAGCGCUUUACUCUGUCUCUACACUGAAAUCUGACUCUGAUAUUGUAGGACUGUCUGGUCUCUUCAAGGAGUCCAUGAUGACUGGGCAAUAUUUGCCCUUCUCAGGUAAUAUACGGAAAAUUAGCAUCGGGUCAAGCAAAUCUCCAAAUCCUCAGAGUCUGAAUAAUGUAGGAGUCCCUCAGAAAAGUGCAAUGACAGAACCAGAAAUGCAGAAAGUAGAGAAAUCAAAGCCAGAGCUCAGUCCUCCAGAAAUAAAACCAAGGGCAGGAUCUCCUUCUUCACCUUCUUUUAUUUCUAUUCAAUCCACUGCCAGAAAGAACACAGAAAUAACAGAAUCUCCAAAAUCUCAAACCUCCAUAACAGCUCUGACUUGCUACAACAUUCCUCUUGAAAAGGAAAAGCGACAGGUCAGUACGCUGGAAGUACAAACAGUCCCCAAGGCUGAAACAGUCAUUGGCACCAAGACCAUCAGAGAAAAGUAUGAAGAAACAGAUUGUUUCGGCAACAAGUUCUACUCUUCCACGACCUCUACUGUCAUGACCACUCAGCCUGAUGAUAAAACAUCCUUCAGGAGACAGAUUGUGACCAAUCCAACCACGACUGAAGUUGUUGCAUAUCCAAGAAUCAACACAGCCUCUAUUAAAGGGGGCCAAAUACCAUCUUGAGCAUACUAUGAGAAUAGGGAUAGCUAAGAUGUGAUCUAAUAUUCUUAUAUCAAUGUUUUGGAAGGGUUUUAUAAUUAGGCUUACAUUCUUAUAUAAAGGUUUCUUCAAGGACCCUCAGGUUGGAUUAAUAAUCUAGUAA